UUCUCGUCUUAGGGGAUUCAGUACUAAACAGGUUAACGGCAGAGCUAAAGUUCAGUUAGCCGGCCAGCUAACUUCAUUAGGGUUAACGUUAGCUAGGUUAAAACAGAACUGGAACAAAACAAGUUAAUGAAUCGACUUUACCGGCUAACCUUUGUAACCCUGUCAACAAUCACCGGACUGGGCAGUUGAACUGUACCGUUACCACCAAUGGCCUCCCAGAACAUGGACCCCGCAGCGGCUGCAGCUUCCUCCACAGCCGCCCUGAAGGGCAGCGAGAGUGGCGGCACCUCGGCCAGAGGCUCGGUCUCCAAACGGCUGCAGCAGGAGCUCAUGACUCUGAUGAUGUCAGGUAAUAAGGGCAUCUCAGCGUUCCCAGAAUCGGAUAAUCUCUUCAAAUGGGUUGGAACAAUCGACGGAGCUCAGGGGACGGUGUACGAGGGCCUCAGGUACCGGCUGUCUCUGGAGUUCCCUGCUGGCUAUCCAUACCAGGCUCCUCACGUGAAGUUUGUGACGCCGUGUUUUCAUCCCAACGUGGACGAGCAUGGAUUCAUCUGUCUCGACAUCCUAAAGGACAAGUGGUCAGCGCUCUACGAUGUCCGCUCCAUCCUGCUGUCCAUCCAGAGUCUGCUGGGAGAACCGAACAACGAGAGUCCUCUGAAUAUGGUGGCGGCUGAACUGUGGGACGAUCAAAAAGCUUUUAAAGCUCAUCUGCAUUCGACCUUCAAGAAGUGAACCUGCACCAGGUUUUAUUCUUUUGUUUGUCUUCUGUGUUUGUAAAGUAUUUUUCUGUUUGUUCACCUUCUGUAUCAAUAAAGUUAUUAAGUCAACACA